AGCGCGGCACCAUGGACGCCACCAUUUACCACAUCAUCUUUGCCGAGCUCGGGGACCUUAACUGCAGUUUGUUAGACGCUUUUCAAGACUCAGUUUUGGAGAACGCGUCUUUGGCUCUGCUGAGCGCAGAAGGUCUGUAUUGCAAUGCCACCACAGAUGAGAUUGGCACCUGUUGGCCCCGCAGCAUCAUUGGGAGGAUAGUGGAGCGACCGUGCCCGGAGUACAUCAACGGUGUCAAAUACAACACAACCAGGAGCGCGUACAGGGAAUGCAUGGAGAACGGCACGUGGGCGCUCAAGAGCAAUUACUCCAAUUGUGAGCCCAUCCUGGAGGAGAAGAGGAAGUACCCAAUGCACUACAAGAUCGCACUCAUCAUCAACUACCUGGGACACUGCAUCUCGGUGGGAGCACUCGUGGUGGCCUUUGUUCUCUUCUUAUGCUUAAGGAGCAUACGAUGUCUGCGUAACAUCAUUCACUGGAACCUCAUCGCCACAUUCAUUCUCAGAAAUAUUAUGUGGUUUCUGCUGCAACUCAUCGAUCACAACGUCCAUGAGAGCAACGAGCCCUGGUGUCGACUCAUCACAACCAUCUAUAACUACUUUGUGGUGACCAACUUCUUCUGGAUGUUUGUGGAGGGCUGUUACCUGCACACAGCCAUCGUCAUGACAUAUUCAACAGACAAGCUGCGCAAGUGGGUGUUCCUCUUCAUCGGCUGGUGUAUUCCAUGUCCAAUAAUAGUGGCGUGGGCCAUUGGCAAACUCUAUAAUGAAAAUGAACAGUGCUGGUUUGGCAAAGAACCCGGAAAAUACAUGGACUAUAUUUACCAGGGACCUGUUAUUCUAGUACUUUUGAUAAACUUCGUGUUCCUGUUUAACAUCGUGAGGAUCCUCAUGACCAAGCUGAGAGCGUCAACCACGUCAGAAACGAUACAGUACAGGAAAGCUGUGAAGGCCACGCUGGUGCUGCUUCCUCUUCUGGGCAUCACCUACAUGCUCUUCUUCGUCAAUCCGGGGGAGGACGACAUCUCUCAGAUCGUCUUCAUCUACUUCAACUCCUUCCUCCAGUCUUUUCAGGGGUUCUUUGUCUCCGUCUUUUACUGCUUUCUAAAUGGAGAGGUGCGGUCUGCGGUCAGAAAAAGGUGGCACCGCUGGCAGGACAACCACGCUCUCCGAGUCCGAGUCGCCCGGGCCAUGUCCAUCCCCACCUCUCCCACCAGGAUCAGCUUCCACAGCAUCAAACAGACCACAGCCGUGUGA